AAACGUUACUCUGCAAUUUAGCACUCUUCAUUCUCCACUCGAUUUUGCAUCACUACGCAUUCAACACAAAAUUUCACCGAGAAAUCGAUUGACCCAUUAAUCGAGCUUCGCGAAUGGAGGACGAAAAGUUGGCUGCGUACUACGACGACCUGACGCGCCGCGGCGGCGGCGCCGCCCGAUUCAAGCAGGGCCUCGGCUUCUCCUCCGGCGACCCCCCCGCAAGCGACUCUGUCCCGUCCAGAGGCUCCGCCCUCCCCUCCGCCGCGUCCUUUCUGAGUGGCUUCGUCCGAGCGUCCAGCCCUUCCAAAACCUCCGAAUUCGAAAAGCAAGCCCAGCUUCAAUCCAUCCAGAACAAGCUCAGCAAAAAACCUAGGGAAAAGGCACGGAGCCGCAGCCCGAGCCGUAAUUCAAGUCGGCGGAGCCGGAGCUCGAGCCGAGAUAGGGUAAGAGAUAAGCAUUCGAGGCGCCGUAGCCGGAGCCGGAGCAGAGAUAGACAUUCCAGGCGCAGGAGUCGGAGCAGGAGCCGUGAUAGGCGGUCCAGGAGGAGGAGCAGGAGCCAUGAGGAUGAAGGGAGGCGUAAACGUCGGUCUAGAAGUCGCAGUAGAGAGAAGAAUAGAGAGAGAAGUAAACGGGAGGUUAGGGGUAGUGGUGGAAUUGAUUAUGCUAAAUCGAUUGAAGGUUAUAAUAAUAUGACGCCGGCUGAAAGAGUCAAAGCCAAGAUGAAGCUUCAGCUCUCAAAAACUGCUGAAAAAGACGAAACAAUUGGAAAAGGGUCCGGAUGGGAGCGUUUUGACUUUGACAAGGAUGCCCCUCUCGACGAUGAAGAAGUCGAAGCGGCUGAGGAUGAUGCUGUGUUAGUAAAAAACAUGGGGCAGAGCUUUCGUUUUUCUGCUGUGGAGGCGAGGAGAGAGGAACAACUCAAGGCUGCCCAUGAUGAAGCCAUGUUCGGAGGCUCCUCACAUCCACUACCUGCACAAACAUAUGAUCAAGAAGAAGGCCUCGAGAAAGAAAAUACCGAAAGUACCCCCGUUAAAAGUCUUCUUAGCGAGCAGGUUUUGACUAUGCAACGAGGCUCUUGGCGUGAUCGUGCCCGUAAAUCAUGAAGUCGAUAAGAGCUUAAAAACCAUGACGACGAAAAUAGGGGCUUUGAGGAUUGUCUUAAGCUAUGUAAUGAGAAGUCCAAAGGUGCAGUGUGAAGAGUUAUUAGAUGAAGUGCAUAAUGAAGAUGCCUAUAAAGGACCUAAAAGAAUGGAUUUGUGAAAGCAAUUUAAUGUGGGUCUGUGGCAUGUUUUAUCAAAGGGCAAUUUGGGAAAGGUAUGUAUGAACUCCUUUUUUCAGGAAAAAAAAAAAGGUUGAGUUAUUUGUACUCAUCAAGUACUCCAAGAAUCAAUAUCUGGGUGUGAUUGGCUAGUUUCUGCUCCAUGAUCUUAAGUUAGAUAAUGGUGUUUGGUAGAGAGAAUUUUGACUAGUCAGAUUUUAUAUUGGACUUAUUUGGUAC